CGUUGGCGGUGCCAGACGGGGGCUUGGGUUCAGGCAGCGGCUGGGAGAGGAAAGGCGGCCGCGGUGUUGCAGCCUGAGGACCUAGGUACCGGCCCGAGGCUCCUCAUGGCUGCCAGCUGCUCUCCAGAAAGCAGUGUUGGCCUCAGAGUCGGUUCAUCCGCUUCUUCCUCCCGCACCAACUGGAACCAACUGGCGGUGGCCCAGGUUGCCCAGCUUGAAGCUGUGUCCUGGAGGGAAGCCCAUUGCUUUCCACUCGUCUUCUUUUCUUGUAAAUUCCUCAUCUAUGCCUGUCUGCUGCUGUUCUCCGUGCUACUGGCCCUUCGUUUGGAUGGCAUCAUUCAGUGGAGCUACUGGGCUGUCUUUGCUCCAAUAUGGUUGUGGAAGUUAAUGGUCAUUGUUGGAGCAUCAGUUGGAACCGGUGUUUGGGCACGAAAUCCUCAAUAUCGAGCAGAAGGAGAAACAUGUGUGGAAUUUAAAGCCAUGUUGAUUGCUGUGGGAAUCCAUUUGCUCCUGCUGAUGUUUGAAGUUCUGGUCUGUGACAGGAUUGAGAGAGGAAGCCAUUUCUGGCUUCUGGUCUUCAUGCCAUUGUUCUUUGUUUCCCCAGUGUCUGUUGCAGCAUGUGUCUGGGGCUUUCGGCAUGACAGGUCACUAGAGCUAGAAAUCCUGUGUUCGGUCAACAUUCUCCAGUUUAUAUUCAUUGCCUUAAGACUGGACAAGAUCAUCCACUGGCCCUGGCUUGUCGUGUGUGUCCCUCUGUGGAUCCUCAUGUCCUUCUUGUGCCUGGUGGUCCUCUAUUACAUCGUUUGGUCCGUUCUAUUUCUACGCUCUAUGGAUGUGAUUGCAGAACAACGCAGGACACAUAUAACCAUGGCACUGAGCUGGAUGACCAUUGUCGUGCCUCUUCUUACUUUUGAGAUCCUGCUGGUUCACAAACUGGAUGGACACAAUGCUUUCUCCUGUAUUCCAAUAUUUGUUCCCCUGUGGCUCUCAUUGAUCACACUGAUGGCAACAACAUUUGGACAGAAAGGAGGAAACCACUGGUGGUUUGGUAUUCGCAAAGAUUUCUGCCAGUUUCUGCUUGAAAUAUUCCCAUUUUUGAGAGAGUAUGGAAACAUUUCAUAUGAUCUCCACCAUGAAGAUAAUGAGGAAACAGAAGAAACUCCCAUUCCAGAACCUCCUAAAAUUGCACCUAUGUUUCGCAAGAAGGCCAGGGUAGUCAUCACCCAGAGCCCUGGCAAGUAUGUCCUCCCUCCACCCAAAUUGAAUAUUGAAAUGCCAGACUAAAGCACAUCUCUGGGGCUGGAGUAUGAAUGCACUGGAACGCACACUCCUACUUCCCUUGCCCCUGACCCAGGCCUGGAACUGUGGACCUCCAUCUGAACCCUCAUUUUCAUCGAGUGCCAACCAGCCACUCGUAACAGAACAUAGGUGGCAGGAACUAAGGUGUCUAUAAAUAUGGAUGCCAGUGACACAUCAGAGAACCCACUUCUUUCUGUAUGGGUACCUGAAGUGUGUUCUCAUUUCUGUGGUACCCACCUAAGGAUGACUGCUGCCUAGACCUGCAGAAGGCACAUCUGUGGUCUUGGCAAAUUUUCUAGUGCUAAAUUCCUAUCAAAGUAUUGGAAGUUGUGGUUCUUAUGGGACCACUUCCAUUUGUGGCUCAACUGUGCUGCUAUAGGUAGCCAGUAGGGACUGUAACUAAGUCUGUAUACACCUGUUGUGUUCAGAUACAGUCCAGCCUUGCUUUCCCUGUACCUGCUGUACAGAAAUUUCACUUUAGGCAGGAUGACAGCAGGUUUGCAGGGCUUCACCAGUGAGCCCUUCCCAAUGGCAUGAUUCCAUGCCUAUAUAGUAUUUAUACAGCUAUUUUAGCAUUGUAAUAUACAGUGUCAAAUCCUACUUCUGUACAGCAUAUUCUCUGUUAAAGUAUUUUUUUACAAGCUUGUGCUGGAGAUAGAUGGGUAAAGCCACGGUAGAAGCAGAUGGCUCAAAUGCUUUGGCCUAGACAGAUGCCCCACCUUCACUUACUAUGACCACCAACACCCUGGAGUUCCUUCUCUUGUAUAGUAGUUGCUCCUGCUAGCACAGCUUCUACAAGUGAGUAAAGGUCUUUGCUUUUUCAACAUGGAGGUGGGAGAAUAAGCUUAAAAUCCCAAGAAGUGACCCCUUGAGAUCAGGGCACAGGAGAAGAUUGCCAAGGCAAGUCAGAAUAGCCAGGGACUUCUGUCUGAGUCCAGAGAGGUCUGCCAACCUGCAAGAAAAACUAGACAUAUUGGUACUUAGAUGUCAUCACCUGUCAGCAGUUUCUCCAGGUUCUGUUGGUGUAGCCAACCCAAAAUACAGCAACAAUAACCUUUAGUCUAAAUCAAAUGAUUCACAAUGGAAGUAAAGGUAGCAUUGAUCUUCCUGAUAAGAAGGUGCAGUGGAUUUUCAUGGUCACCUGAUCAGUGGCUUCAGUCACACAUAAUUGAAUUCUACUAUGACCUUGAUCCUACCCCUGGCACAGGCCUCUAGCAAGCCUGUUCUGUUUCAGGAGAAAGGAGAAACAGAGUGUAGCAUUUUUGCCUGGUUUGUUAAAAAUGUGGUUAAAUCCACUAUUUUUGCUCCUGUAUUUGUUCAAUAAAGUUGUUCAUUUUA